GGCGGAAGUGCGCAGGUCCGGAAGUGCCGUUGUUUCCGCGGGUCUUUCAGGGCAACAGCAGCGCUGCUAACACCGCUUGCUUCAAAUGGCGGGAGUAAACGCAAUGGAGAAGAAACUAGCAGAGUACAAGUGUGACACGAACGAAGCCAUCUGUCUGAAGCUGGUCCGCUUCCCAGAGGACUUGGAGGAUGAUGGAACGACAUUUCACCCCGAGUACAGUCAUCAGCUUUAUGGAGACGAUGAAGUGGCUUUCGGAUACAAAGGGCUUCAAAUACAGCUGUAUUAUAGUGCUGGGAACCUGAGCACACUCUUCAAAGUCAAAUACUCCUCAAAGGUCACGGAGAAGUUUGAUUGUGUGGAGGCGGACGACGUGGAGGUGAAGAUCCGGGACAUCAUCCCGGCCGGGUUCAGCUGCAGCACGGACGACUUUGUAUCGCGGCUGGAGAAGGAGGCCAACUUCCGGCCCUUCGGCAACCUGCUGCACACGUACAAGGUCCACAAUGAGGAGGCCGGCGAGCUCACCUACCAGAUCUGCAAGGUGGACAUGGCCUGCCCGGGCUUCCAGGAGUAUCACGGCCGGCUGCAGACCUUCCUCAUGUGGUUCAUCGAGACGGCCAGCUUCAUCGACGCGGACGACGAUCGCUGGGACUUCUUUCUUGUAUUUGAAAAGUACAAUAAAGAUGGGGAGACUCUCUACGCAACUGUUGGCUACAUGACGGUCUAUAAUUACUACGUGUACCCAGACAAAACCAGACCACGUGUGAGCCAAAUGCUGGUCCUACCACCGUUCCAGGGAGAGGGUCAUGGAGCUCAGCUCCUGGAAGCAGUCCACCGGUUCUACUGUACCCUGCCCAAGGUGCAGGACAUCACAGCGGAGGACCCCUCUGAGAGCUACGUGAAGCUCAGGGACUUUGUCCUGGCCAAGCUCUGCCGGGCGCUGCCCUCCUUCGCCCCCGACAAGCUGCAGCUGGGCUUCUCCGAGGUCAUGGUGAAGGAGGCCCAGGACACGCUGAAGAUCAACAAGAAACACGCGCGGAGGGUCUACGAGAUCCUCCGUCUGAAGGCCACGGACAUGGCCGACGAGGCCAAAGCACGGGACUACCGCCUGGACGUGAAGCGGCGGCUGUUUGGACCGUACAAGAAGAACCAGCGGGAGCUGACCAAGAUGAUGAAGUGUCUGCGGCCGGAGGAGCUGGUGUCCCACAUCCGCCACAUAGACACGGACGUGCAGCACCAGGAGCUGGAGAAGAGCUACCAGGAGGUGCUGGACGAGUACCGCAGGAUCAUCGAGAGGCUGGCGUCGCAGGCCUGAGUGCCCCCCACGGAGACCCACCCCAGGAUCGGGGUUGUGUUGGGGUCCCCCCCCCCCCCCCCUGUACAAAGCCCCUAUAGCCACAGACUGUCUCAACCAGACGCGCCCCCUUCCCCCACCCCAGACCCCAGCGACUGAUCACAUGAUUUUUUCUCCGACACGUCUUUCGGAUAAAUUUUAGUUGGGUUUAGGAUGUAUCCCGUCGCUAGGUUACUGUGAGAAGCCUCCCUCCCUCUCCCUCCCUCCCUCCCUCCCUCCCUCCCUCCGGCUGUGUACUUAGAAGUUUCCUACUCGGACAUUGCAGUUUGAAGUGCGGACCUCCCGUCAUGUCCUGUCCUGUCCCGCAGGUGUUGAUGGAAGACCCGUACAGCAGAGUGGGAGACGGGGGGGGGGGGGGGGGAGAGGGGGGGCGGAGACCCGCCCUGUCGCCCCCUGUGUCGGGGUACCGUGGGCUCUGUUGGAUUUUUAUUUGUAUUUCUUCUUUUGUAACGAUUCAUCGCAGGUGAUGCGCUUCAUUCGAGCCGAGAACCGGAUCUCUUCUCCCUCCUCUUACCCCCCCCCCCCCCCCCGUUCAGUAGGCGAGUCCUUCUCACAUACCCUCUGUCCAAAAAAAAAUGAAAUGAAGACGAGGAAAACUUUGUGUUUUUUGUUUCAGAGCACUUCAUACAGAAAUUAAAAAAGGUUUUGUAUAUUG